AACACUGUCUACCAGAAAACCACCGUCACCAAAGGCUGACAAGCUGAACUUCCGCGGAAUACCAGGCAGAUUGUGAUCCGACAUACUCGACUGGACUCGACUGGACUGUCAUAUUCCUCGUGAAGCAGAUGGAACGCAUGAGGACUGAACCUAACUUUGUUUCUUCCGCUUCAGGUUCACAAGGCCCACAAUACCUCGACACCCUUUUCUCUCCUCCAACCGGACAACACCCUGAACCAGGCUUACAUCUUCAACGUUGGCGUCGUCAAAAACUCCAGAAGAAUGGGGGUCGGAAAGGCUCUGCUGCUGGCCGCUCUCAAGGUGGCCAAACAGAUGGAACUUCAGGUGCUGUUCGUGCAUGUAGAGGCGGACAAUCACGGCGCCAUGGCGUUGUACACCAGCUCAGGAUUCAAAGUCCAGGAAGAAGAAGCAGAACAGCUGGCGCUUCAAUUACGAAGGCCUCGCAGAAUAUUGUUGAGCUUCUGGACCUCAUAAGUCAUCGCGAACCAGAUGUACGUCUUUGACCAGCACAUAGUUUGAACUUCCUACCUUCUGUACUCAAACCACAUUGCAAUCCGAAGCUUCCACCUCCAAGUUUGUCCAAUCCCAAA